GGUUGAGAGUUCCAUUUCAUUUCAAGAUGCCUAGUUACACAGUAACAGUGGCCACUGGCAGCCAGUGGUUUGCUGGGACAGAUGAUUAUAUUUAUCUAACUCUAAUGGGAUCUGAGGGCUGCAGUGAGAGGACCCUCCUGGAUAAAGCACUCUACAACGACUUUGAAAGAGGAGCAGUCGAUUCGUAUGAUGUGAACGUGUCUGAAGAUGUUGGUGAAAUUCAGCUUGUGAAGAUUGAGAAACGGAAGUACUGGGUUCAGGAUGACUGGUACUGCAAGUACAUCACAGUGAAAACCCCCGGAGGAGACUAUGUGGAGUUCCCGUGUUACAGAUGGGUCGGCAGUGAUGAGGAGAUUGUUCUCAGAGAUGGGACUGCUAGGUUGCCGAAGGAUGAUAUAACACAAGUUGCAAAACAGCACAGGCGCAAAGAGCUUGAGGAGAGGCAAAAGCUGUACAGAUGGAUGGAAUGGCACCCCGGUUUCCCUCUAAGUAUUGAUGCCAAAACUUGCAAGGAUUUGCCUCGUGACAUUCAGUUUGACAGUGAGAAGGGAGUGGAUUUCAUCCUGAACUACACUAAAGCGAUGGAGAACCUCUACGUGAAUCGUUUCAUGCACAUGUUCCAGUCUUCCUGGAGUGACUUCGCAGACUUCGAGAAGAUCUUUAUUAGGAUCAGUAACACAAUAUCAGAAUAUGUCAUGCAGCACUGGCAAGAGGAUUUCAUGUUUGGGUACCAGUUCCUGAAUGGCUGUAAUCCAGUCAUGAUUCACAAGUGCACCAAGCUGCCUGACAAGUUCCCUGUCACCACUGAAAUGGUGGACUGCAGCCUGGAGCGCAACCUGACCCUGGAGGAGGAAAUAAAGGAGGGCAAUGUCUACAUAGCAGACUAUAGCCUUAUGGAUGGGGUCUCUGCCAACUCAACUGAUCCCUGCACCAUCCAGUAUUUGGCUGCUCCUAUCUGCCUGUUGUACAAGAACUUGCAGAAUAAGGUCCUCCCCAUUGCCAUUCAGCUGGCCCAGACACCAGGAGAAAACAAUCCCAUUUAUCUGCCUAGUGAUGAGAAAUAUGAUUGGCUGCUGGCGAAAAUGUGGGUGCGUUCUUCAGAUUUCCACAUACACCAGACUGUCACCCACCUCCUGCGCACCCAUCUCAUCUCAGAAGUAUUUGGGAUAGCUAUGUACCGUCAACUGCCAGCCGUCCACCCCCUAUUCAAGUUGAUCCUUCCCCAUGUGAAAUUUACAAUAGCGAUCAACACCAAGGCUCGGGAGCAGCUGAUCUGUGAGUGCGGUCUGUUUGAUAAGGCAAACGCUACAGGUGGUGGAGGACACGUUCAGCUAGUGCAGAGGUCCAUAAAACAACUCACAUUCUCGUCUCUCUGUUUCCCUGAAGAAAUACAAAUGAGAGGUGUAGAAAGCAAGGAGGAGCUCCCAUAUUACUUUUACAGGGAUGACGGAAAUAUGGUGUGGGAGGCCACCAAGAGCUUUGUUUCAGAUGUUGUGAACAUCUAUUAUGACAGUGACGAGACAGUUAAGACAGAUGUCGAACUCCAGGCUUUUGUUAAAGAUGUGUGCGUCUUUGGACUCAACGGCAAUGAAGAUUUAGGAUUUCCCAAGGCUAUCAUGACCCGGGACAAACUGAUAGAGUACUUGACAGUGAUUAUCUUCGUUGCCUCAUCACAGCACGCUGCAGUCAAUUUUGGACAGUUUGAUUGGUGUUCCUGGAUUCCCAACUCUCCCCCGACCAUGCGGCGCCCCCCACCCACAGAGAAAGGUGUGGUCACCAUCAACUACAUCAUCGAGAGCCUUCCGGACCGAGGGCGUUCCUGCUGGCACCUGGGUGCUGUGUGGGCGCUCAGUCAGUUCCAGGAAAACGAACUUUUCCUAGGCAUGUACACGGAUGAACAUUUCAUUGAGAAACCUGUGAAGAAUGCCAUGCAACAAUUCAAGAAGAAAUUGGAUGACAUCUGCAGCAUCAUAAAAGAAAGAAACAAGAAUAAGAAGCUCCCCUAUUACUAUUUUUCACCGGACAGAAUCCCAAAUAGCGUUGCUGUGUAACUGAAGAACGAAGGACAACAACCACCUGGAAAUGAUCUGGCCUGUAUAAAGUGUGUGCACUUCUUUAAAAGUGGAGUUUAAUGAAGAUUUUAAAAGAAAAUGACCAGUUGUAGGUUAUACACUUGGGGGAAACCCUUUGCUAACAUUGUGACUAUUAUGAAAACUAUUGUCACAUUGCUAUGGGUCUUACCUGGCCAUCCAUAUAAUUCUAAGGCUUUUUAUCUUAAAGAAUGGUUAACCUAAAUUGCUCAUUUUGUUGUAAUCCCACUGUCAAAUCACAAAAAUAAGCAAAUAAAAUAGAUAAAAACAAUUCUAUUUGUAAGUCAGGUUAAAAAGCUUAACCUAUAAAAAGAAGUCUUUAAUCUUGACUUGCAUCCCACCCCCCCUACAGGUUUGACCGUUGUUUGCUCCACAUUUUAUUUAAAUUUAUCUUCCUCGUGCACAUUGCUGUUCUCUCAGGUGAAUGCUGCAUCGUUUACAAAGGGUUAUUGUAGUUACAGUGUUGAGUUACCAGUCUUUACCAUGCUGCAGAACAGGGAAACAAGAACAGAUAUUGCUACAUUAGUGGCCAUCGUGGUAUAUACAUCAAAGACAUAGCUCUAGUGAACUCCAACACACUUUGUGAAUUUGUGAUGUUUUUUUUUUUCAACAUGUUGGAAGUAUGUGGUGCUUAAAUGUGGAGAAUAAGUUUCAAAAUGUUACUUUGUGUAACAUUUAUUUAUUUGGAUUUCUUAAACAAAUAAAAUUGAGUGAUAUUAAGUA